UCAUCCAUACACACAGUUCAUCUUCCUCUCUUUUCAUGCUUGGUCUCCAAUGGAGUCCAUCGUCUCCCUCCCAUCCUCUUCUCUCUUCCAUCUUUCCAUCCCAAGCCCCUCCUUGCCUCCUCUCCCUCCUCUCCGUCUCCCUCUCCAGCCUCACCGCCUUCAGAGGACUGUGCGCCUCGUCUCCCACUCCACUCUCCCUUCCUCAUCCGCCUCCUCUACGCUCUCCACCACCGACACUACCAUUUCCGGUGAGAAGUUCAACUGGUACGCCCACUGGUAUCCUGUGGCACCCGUCUGUGAUCUCGACAAGCGAGCGCCGCACGCCAAACGAAUCCUCGGCCUCGACAUCGUGGUGUGGUGGGAUCGUGUGAAGGAGCAAUGGCAGGUGUUUGAUGAUCGGUGCCCCCACCGUCUCGCCCCGCUAUCUGAGGGCCGGAUCGAUCAAUGGGGUCGCUUGCAGUGUGUCUACCAUGGAUGGUGCUUCAAUGGCUCCGGUGGUUGCGAACUCAUCCCUCAGGCCUCUCCUGAUGGCCCGCCGGUUCAAAGAGCUAAGAAGGCUUGUGUUGCUGUUUAUCCAAGCAUUGUGCAGAAUAAGAUUGUUUGGUUUUGGCCAAGCACUGAUCCUCAGUACAAGGAUAUUGCACUGAAGGAAAAGCCUCCGUAUGUGCCGCAAUUGGAUGAUCCAUCAUACACCUGUACCAUGGGCAUGAGAGAUCUUCAGUAUGGGUAUGAAAUUCUGACUGAGAACUUGAUGGACCCUGCCCAUGUUCCGUAUGCACACUAUGGAAUAUUGACAAAUAUCACAGCUCCAAAGGCAUUGACUACUAAUGUUAGAGAUCGAGAAGGAGGCAGACCUCUGGAUAUGACAAUAGAGGAAUUUGACAAAACAGGCUUCUUGUCAAGGAAUACUAUGGGCUAUAGCAAGUUCAUAGCACCUUGCCUCCAUUACUCUGCUGCCUCGUUAGGUUCAAGUAAUGGAUCUAUUUCCUCAUCGAGCACUCAAGAGGGCAUAAUUAAGACAAACCAAAAACAAAGAAAUGCUCUUCUUGUCUUCCUCUGUAUUCCAGUUAGUCCUGGAAGAAGUAGAUUAAUUUACGUCUUCCCAAGGAACUUCUCUGUUUGGGUGGACCAAAUUUUUCCCCGCUGGUUCUUUCACAUAAGACAGAAUCUGGUUCUAGAUUCAGACCUAUAUCUUCUUCAUUUAGAGGAGCAAAAGAUUGCUGAAGUAGGCCCUUCAAAUUGGCUGAAAGCUUGUUAUGUGCCGACAACAUCAGAUGCCAAAGUCAUUGCUUUCAGGAGAUGGUUCGCAAAGUAUGCAGACAGUCAAGUUCACUGGAGCACCAAGUUCAGCAAUUACCUACUCCCUUCCCUGCCGAAAGAACAGAUUAUGGACAGAUACUGGUCACACACAGUGCAAUGCAGCAGCUGCCGUGCAGCUUUAAAAGGCAUGAAAGUGCUCGAGGUUAUCUUGCAGGUUUUCUCAGUUAUCUCAAUUGGAAUUUUAGCUGCCAUGAGAGGGAGUUUAGUGUCAACUGUUACAAGAGUUUCGAUCGUCUUUACAGCAGUGCUAUGUUUUCUAGCAUCCAGGUGGCUGUCUCACUUCAUCUACAAAAACUUCUAUUACCAUGACUACAACCAUGCCUUCGUAUGAAAACGAUGAAAUACCAAAUUCCCGGCAUUCCCCGACCUUCCGGCUUCAAUUAAUAUAAAACAGAACAAAAAAGUGGUCUUGUUUACAUGUUCUUGUGAGCAUAAAGGUUGUUAUUAUGUAAAACAGAACAAAAUUGUGGCCUUGUUAGCAUGUUCUUCUGUGUUGCAAGUAUAAAUGAUGUCAUUAUGUAAAACAGAACUAGAAAUUGGUCUUGUGUACAUGUUCUUGUAAGUUGUAAGCAUGAGAGUUGCCAUCAAAUUGAUGGCUUCAAAUGAAAACGAACACAUUCAAAUUGUUAAUGACAA